AUGUCUUUUUUCAGUAACACUAGUUCCCACCCCUCUUCUUUCUUGCUUCUGGGAAUUCCUGGUCUAGAAAUCUUCCACAUUUGGAUUGGCUUUCCCUUCUGUUCUGUGUAUCUAAUUGCCCUGGUGGGAAACAUCACUAUCUUAACAGUGAUCCAGACAGAGCAGAGCCUCCACCAACCCAUGUUCUUCUUCCUGGCCAUGCUAGCCACCAUUGACCUCGGCUUAUCCACAGCUACCAUCCCCAAGAUGAUGGGUAUCUUCUGGUUUAACUUGCACUUGAUCACUUUUGGGGGUUGCCUCACCCAAAUGUUCUUCAUUCAUAUGUUUACUGGCAUGGAGUCAAUUGUUCUAGUGUCAAUGGCCUAUGAUCGCUAUGUAGCUAUAUGUAACCCUCUGCACUAUAGCUCUGUCCUCACCAACAGGGUUGUAGCCUUGAUGGGCCUUGGAGUACUAUUAAGAUCUUUUUUUAUUUGUCUCCCCUUUGUGUUUCUGGUCCUAAGGUUAACUUUCUGUGGACACCACAUUAUCUCUCACACCUAUUGUGAGCAUAUGGGUCUGGCCCGCCUGGCCUGUGUAAGUAUCAGGGUCAAUAUCAUCUAUGGCCUAUGGGCCAUUUCUAUCUUGGUGCUAGACAUCGUUGCCAUUAGUAUUUCAUAUGUGCAGAUUCUCCGUGCUGUCUUCCGCCUCCCUUCUCGUGAUGCCAGGCUCAAAGCCCUUAGUACAUGUGGUUCCCAUGUCUGUGUUAUCCUGGCCUUCUACAGCCCCGCACUCUUUUCCUUCAUGACACACCGAUUUGGCAGGAAUGUCCCCCGUUACAUUCACAUCCUCCUGGCCAAUCUGUAUGUGGUCAUCCCACCCAUGCUCAACCCUGUUAUCUAUGGGGUCAGAACCAAACAGAUUCGGGAGAAGGUGCUGAAAAUACUCUGUAGAAAUAGCCCAAAGUUUGAAAUAGCUUAG